AUGAAAAAACUUGGCGUUUUAUUCGUAAAUACUGGUGAAAAAGGAAAAACUGGUAUUAAAGGACUUAACAAUACGAUAAUGCAAUUACGUAAAAUUUGUAAUCAUCCAUUUGUAUUUGAAGAAGUGGAAAAAGAUGUCAAUCCAUAUUUAAAUAAUGAUCUUCUGUAUCGUGCUUCUGGCAAAUUUGAAUUAUUAGAUAGGAUUUUACCAAAAUUCUACAAGACUAAUCAUAGAGCUGAGGAUAGAUCAGAAUUAUUGAAAAAAUUUAAUGCGCCAGAUUCACCAUAUUUUAUAUUUUUAUUAAGUACAAGAGCUGGUGGGCUUGGUCUUAAUUUACAAUCGGCUGAUACCGUUGUGAUAUUUGAUUCUGAUUGGAAUCCACAUCAAGAUUUACAAGCUCAAGAUCGUGCACAUCGUAUUGGACAAACUAGAGAAGUUAGAAUAUUAAGACUCAUAUCACAAAAGUCCAUUGAAGAAACAAUUUUAGCUAGAGCUCAAUUUAAACUUGAUAUUGAUGGUAAGGUAAUUCAGGCUGGUAAAUUUGAUAAUAAAAGUACGGCUGAAGAACGUGAGGCCUUUCUGAACGAAGAGAGAGAAUGGUAUUUAAAAGGUGGUGAAGGGAAGAAACCCGAGAGAUUGAUAGAGGAAAACGAAUUGCCGUCUGUUUAUAUGAAAGAUUAUGAAACUAUUAUAAAUUAUGGCGAUGAUGAUAAUAUUGAGUAUGGUCGCGGUCAAAGAGUUAGAGGAAAUGUUCAUUAUGAUGAUGGAUUAACAGAAGAUCAAUGGGCACUCGAGGAUGAAGAAAUUGAACUCGAUGAUCUGAUUGCUAAGAAACAAGCAACUAAAAAAAGAAGAUUAGAAAAGAAAGUUAAAAGAACGAUAACGCAACAACCAGAAGAAGAACCAUCUCAACAAGGAAGUACAUCAAAGCCUAAUGUUGUCUAUUCAGAUGAGAUGAUGGUUGUUGACAACAUGUCAGAUUCAAAGAAAAAAAGGGGAAGGCCACGUAAAGAUGAAUCAUUAUCUUUUGAUAAGAUCAGCCACAACAACAAUAAUUCCGAUUUGACAUUACACAAAUUAAUUAAAAAGAAGGGGAAAGCAAAAAGAGAGUUUGGUGGUUAUGAUGAACAGACAAAUGAUGAAACAUUUUCUGAACAAACUAAAAAAAAGAGGAAAAUAUCUAAAAAGAAGAAUGAGGAAAUUCUUGACGACGUACCACCACAAAAUCGUGAAAAAAUGAGAAAAAUAUUUAUAGAAUGUUAUUCAGAAGUAGAUAAUUUGAUGGAUGUAUCCAAUGGUGAACCACGUCAUAGAGCAUAUCUUUUCCUUACACUUCCAAAAAUAAGAGAUUAUCCAUUAUACUAUCAAAUCAUCACAAAUCCUAUAGCUAUGGACACUAUUAAAAAAAGAUUAAAAGGAAUUUAUUACAAAACAGUACAACAGUUUAAAGAGGAUUGGCAUCUAAUGUUUAAUAAUGCUAGAGCUUUUAACGAAGAAGGAUCACAAAUUUAUAAUGAUGCUGAUAAGAUGCAGGAGGUACUUGAUAAAAAACUUGAAGAACUUUGUCCAGGUGGUGAAUUACCAAAAACUUCUACUGAUGACAUGAUCUUAUAG